AUGGCUCUCUACAAAGUGAUCUGUGUGGCAGCUCUGCUGACUCUACUGGCAGCAGAGUCUCACUCACAACUUAAUGUGUGCGGUCGGCCUCCUCGCAACACCAGGAUCGUUGGAGGACAGGCGGCCCCUGCAGGCAGCUGGCCCUGGCAGGUCAGUCUGCAAAGUUCUGGGAGUCACUUCUGUGGAGGAUCCCUCAUUAACAAAGAAUGGGUGCUGACGGCUGCUCAUUGCUUUCCGAGGUAAAACGGUUUGGUUGUUGUCCUCGGACUUGAGAGUCUAGAAGGGACCAACGCCAAUUCAGAGUCUCGAACAGUCUCCCAGAUCAUCAAUCAUCCCGACUACAACAGUGCCACAAAUGACAACGACAUCUCCCUCUUGAAGCUCUCCUCCUCGGUUACUUUCAAUGACUUCAUCCUGCCAGUGUGCCUGGCAGCACCAGGCAGCACCUUCUUCAGUGGUGUGACCUCUUGGGUCACUGGCUGGGGCCGCAUCGGAUCUGGAGUACCACUUCCUUCCCCACAAAACCUAAUGGAAGUGGACGUGCCUGUUGUUGGGAACAGACAGUGUAACUGUGACUAUGGAGUGGGCAGAAUCACAGAGAACAUGAUCUGCGCUGGGUUACGUGCUGGAGGGAAGGACUCCUGUCAGGGGGACUCAGGCGGUCCGAUGGUGUCAAAGACAGGAAGUCUCUGGGUCCAGGCUGGAGUUGUGAGCUUUGGAAGAGGUUGUGCACUGCCUAAUUUCCCAGGAGUCUACGCCAGAGUGUCCCAGUAUCAGUCCUGGAUCAACAGCCAAAUCACCAGCGACCAACCGGGCUUCGUCAGUUUCACGUCCACUGGGAGUAACAGUGACCUCAGUGUGAGCUGUCCUGGCCUGCCACCACCUCCAACUACACUCCCUCCAACCACCACAGUCAAGCCUGUGGUCUGUGGUACUGCCCCAUUGAAUUCACGUAUUUUGGGGGCUAGCUCGGUGGAGACUGCUGGCGAGUGGCCGUGGAUGGCGAGCCUCCAGAAGAAUGGAAGUCAUAUGUGCGGUGGGACUCUGGUGUCUGUGGACUCAGUGCUGAGCAAUGCCAACUGCUUCUCAAGUCCACCAGUGGCGUCUGAAUGGACUGUGGCCUUGGGUCGUUUGAAACAGAAUGGAUCCAACCCCUUUGAGGUGACACUGAACGUGACAAAUAUCACCCUAAGCAACCUAACUGGGUCUAAUGUAGCAGUGCUGCGUCUGUCAACCCAGCCCACUCUGUCCAACUACAUCCAGCCCAUCUGCCUGGACAACGGAAAGACCUUCACUGUGGGCUCCACAUGUUGGGCUGCUGGCUGGAGCUCUGGACGAGGAGGGGUGGAACAAGUUCUGCAGGAGAUUCAGACCUCGGUGGUAGAUUGUGGGAACGCGUCAACCAGUGACAGCAUUUGUACAGGAUCCUUUACACUGGAGCAGGGUGACAAUGGGGGUCCAAUGAUGUGCAAGAUGGACGGCUCUUGGUUCCAGGCAGCCGUGUUGUCAGUCAACAGCAACACCACCACCACCACCAACACCAGCACCAACACCAACAGCACUUCCAAAACCUCCGCCACUGAAACUCGGGCAGAUUCGGUGAUGGUCUUCACCAAACUGAGCAACUAUCAGACCUUCCUGGCUCGGACUGUAGGAACGUUCUUAUCUCCAGCCUCUUCCUCCAAUAGCACAACUAACAGCAACACGACCGCUCAGACCCCCAGCCAGACCACCAUGAUGGCUCUCUACAAAGUGAUCUGUGUGGCAGCUCUGCUGACUCUACUGGCAGCAGAGUCUCACUCACAACUUAAUGUGUGCGGUCGGCCUCCUCGCAACACCAGGAUCGUUGGAGGACAGGCGGCCCCUGCAGGCAGCUGGCCCUGGCAGGUCAGUCUGCAGAGAUCUGGGAGUCACUUCUGUGGAGGAUCCCUCAUUAACAAAGAAUGGGUGCUGUCAGCUGCUCAUUGCUUUGCUAGCACAAGCAGUUUGGUUGUUGUCCUCGGACUCGAAAGUCUUCAGGGGACCAACGCCAAUUCAUUGACUCAAACAGUCUCCCAGAUCAUCAAUCAUCCCGACUACAACAGUGACACAGAGGACAACGACAUCUCCCUCUUGAAGCUCUCCUCACCGGUUACUUUCAAUGACUUCAUCCUGCCAGUGUGCCUGGCAGCUUCAGACAGCACCUUCUUCAGUGGUGUGACCUCUUGGGUCACCGGAUGGGGUGACAUCGGAUUUGGAGUAUCGCUUCCUUCCCCACAAAACCUAAUGGAAGUGGACGUGCCUGUUGUUGGGAACAGACAGUGUAACUGUGACUAUGGAGUGGGCAGAAUCACAGAGAACAUGAUCUGCGCUGGGUUACGUGCUGGAGGGAAGGACUCCUGUCAGGUGAUCAUUUUACCAACUAUUCUCUCUCCUGACACUGUUCUGUUUCUUUCCUCAAAGGGGGACUCAGGCGGUCCGAUGGUGUCAAAGACAGGAAGUCUCUGGGUCCAGGCUGGAGUUGUGAGCUUUGGAAGAGAUUGUGCACUGCCUAAUUUCCCAGGAGUCUACGCCAGAGUGUCCCAGUAUCAGUCCUGGAUCAACAGCCAAAUCACCAGCGACCAACCGGGCUUCGUCACGUUCACGUCCACUGGGACUGACAGUGACCUCAGUGCGAGCUGUACAACCACUCCAACAACCACCCUGCCUCCAACAACCACCCUGCCUCCAACAACCACAGCCAAACCUGUGGUCUGUGGUACUGCCCCAUUGAAUUCACGUAUUUUGGGGGCUAGCUCGGUGGCGACUGCUGGCGUGUGGCCAUGGAUGGCGAGCCUCCAGAAGAAUGGAAGUCAUAUGUGCGGCGGGACUCUGGUGUCUGUGGACUCAGUGCUGAGCAAUGCCAACUGCUUCUCAAGUCCACCAGUGGCGUCUGAAUGGACUGUGGUCUUGGGUCGUUUGAAACAGAAUGGAUCCAACCCCUUUGAGGUGACACUGAACGUGACAAAUAUCACCCUAAGCAACCUAACUGGGUCUAAUGUAGCAGUGCUGCGUCUGUCAACUCAGCCCACUCUGUCCAACUACAUCCAGCCCAUCUGCCUGGACAACGGAAAGACCUUCCCUGUGAACUCCACAUGUUGGGCUGCUGGCUGGAGCUCUGGACGAGGAGGGGUGGAACAAGUUCUGCAGGAGUUUCAGACUUCGGUGCUAGACUGUGGGAACGCAUCAACCAGUGACAGCAUUUGUACAGGACCCUUUACACUGGAGCAGGGUGACAAUGGGGGUCCAAUGAUGUGUAAGAUAGACGGCUCUUGGUUCCAGGCAGCCGUGUUGUCAGUCAACACCAACACCAACACCACCACCAGCACCAACACCACCACCAACACCACCAGCACUUCCAAGACCUCCGCCACUGAAACUCGGGCAGAUUCGGUGAUGGUCUUCACCAAACUGAGCAACUAUCAGACCUUCCUGUCUCGGACUGUAGGAACGUUCUUAUCUCCAGCCUCCUCUUCCUCUUCCUCUUCCUCCUCCUCCUCCAGUAACACAACUAACAGCAACUCGACUGCCACUCAGACCCCCAGCCAGACCACCAGCGGGGGGCCACCUGCUCACCCCUUCUUCUUCUUCUUCCAGCUCCUUGUCUUCUCCGUUUUUCUCCACCUAACCGUCUAG